AUGGGCUGCAAUUUGUGCACCUUGCAGAAACGGGAGGAACACUACAAACUGCUGUAUGAGAUCGCACAGGUGAAUGCUCGAGACUUCUCCAAAGUCGACCACGAUGACGCGGUGGUGGAGGCCAUCAGGCGAGACCCCAUUGUCGUCCAAGUUCUGCGGCGGACCCCAACCAGAGCAACAGCUGCUGUCGCACACAACCACAGCGGGACGGCGGAGGAUGUUUGUGUGGUGGAUGUUUGCACGCAGACAGACAUCACUUUUGAGCACAUUAUGGCGCUGGCCAAGCUCCGGCCUGCGACUCCACCCGUCCCUGACAUCUGCCCCUUUCUUUUGUCUGACAGCUGUCAUUCCAUCCACACCAUGGAGCAUGAGUAUUAUGAAUGUCCAGAGUACCUGUCCAAUACCCCGGCAGAGGUGGAGAGGACUGAAGAAUACGAGUAUGAGGAAGUGGAGCUGUGUAGACAGAACAGCCAGGAGAAGCUCGGCCUGACGCUGUGCUACAGAACGGAUGAUGAGGAGGACACCGGCAUCUAUGUUAGCCAGGUUGAGCCGAACAGCAUAGCAGCACGAGACGGACGCAUCAAAGAAGGAGAUCGGAUUUUACAGAUAAAUGGCUGCGAAGUGCAAAACAGAGAGAAAGCUGUUGCCUUGCUGUCAAGCGAAGAAGCACGGAGCAUCACACUCCUGGUGACAAGGCCAGAAAUUCAGCUGGAGGAGGUUUGGCUGGAUGAUGAGCAACAGCAGCUUGUGGAGGAGUUGAAGAUGGAGAUCCUGGAGGAGAGGAGGAAGCAGAGGGAGCAGGAGUUUGACAGGGGAGACGAGCAUCAGAUUGAAGAAGAGACGACAGACACAGCUACCUGUUCCUCCAACAAUCAAGACAAAGACAGCGGUUUUGGACGCAGUACUGACAGUCCAGAGCAUCAACCUCUUCUAGCUAGAAUCCACAGGAGAAGCCCAGCCCAUUGCUUGAGGGAACGAUGGCGGGCGGAGCAUCCACACACAAAACAAGAAACUGUUGUAAUGCAAGACCCCCAGAGUCUUAGGACAACAUCCAAAGGCCAAGGCCGUGAAGGUGUACUCAGUAUUCGCAAUGGUGGAAGUGGGAUUCUAGGGCUGGAGAAUCGCUUCCAACAACUUCUGGAGCUGAAGUGUCAAAUCCGCAAUGGAGGCGAGUGUGGGGUGUACUCCAUCCGACACAGUAUAGAGUGUAGUCUCACUGAGCAAGCAGCAGGGGAUGCAGAUGAUGUAGAUGAUCUAGAAGAAGGGAAAGGAGUAGAGCAGGAGUUGAGGAUGCUGAACGAAGAACUGCGUAGCAUUGAGCUUGAGUGCCAAAGUAUCAUGCAGGCGCAUCAGCUCCGUCAGAGUCACCAGAUGGAUCCAUCGCAAUCUCCUUCCUCACCAGGAAGGAGCCCCAAAGAUGGACACAAGCGACACGGGAGGUUAGCCGACAUCCAUGAAUACCCAGAGAGAUCGGACAGUGAUAAGAUCCGAGAGAAGGACAGCUCCAGUGCAUACAACACGGCAGAAAGUGCAAGGUCGACCCCACUUGGUAUGGAGAGAUCUCCUGAUCAGUCUCUGCAGAGACACAUCAGCAUCACCAACCAGAAAAACCUCAGAUUGGCUUCUUCCACACAAUCCAGUCCCAUCCCUAUCCCCAAGCCCCAAGGUACACCCAGUCGUGGCCGACCAGUAGACCCAGGGCCUGUUAUCUCAAGCAGCCCAGACCAGAGUAACCCUUCCCGAUCGGAGUCGGACCCUGCCCUGCCUGCAGACGAUGAGAGAUGCGAGAAGAAAGGUAGGAGCAAAGAUUCCAGACGAGGGCUUCCCUAUGGUUCUGCAUAUCAGACAACACCUUACCCAAGCCAGGGAGGAUCCAGGCAACUUCAGAGUUACAUGCAGCUUUUACACAACUCAUCCCUGGAGUAUUCCCAAAGUCAGCUGAGUCUGCUCAGUGUCUGCAGAGAUCCAGUGCACCGAGGAGGGCGCCCUGGGGAACCCCGUCUGGAGUGGAAGGUCAAAGUGCGUGCCGACGGCACACGUUACGUGGCCCGUAGGCCUGCCCGUGACCGCAUCCUGAGGGAGCGAGCACUAAGAAUCAGAGAGGAAAGGAGCGGAGGCAUGACCACAGACGAUGAUGCAAUGAGUGAAAUGAAGAUGGGGCGCUACUGGAGCAAAGAGGAGAGGAAACAGCACUUGGCAAGGGCAAGAGAGCAGAGGAAGAGGAGGGAGUUCAUGCAAAAGAGCCGCCUUGAGUGUCUAAAAGAGGGGCCAGCCAGUGGAGCUGAAGGCAGGAAGGAGAUCAACAUCUUGGAGCUGAGUCACAAGAAGAUGAUGAAGAAAAGGAACAAAAAGAUCCUGGACAACUGGAUGACCAUCCAGGAGCUGAUGAGCCAUGGGGCGAGAGUUCCAGAGGGCUCCAAAGUCCAUAACGCCUUUCUGUCCGUCACAACUGUGUAGGGGAUACAUAAAGAACUGCAGGCUUUAGGGUACUGAACACUUAAAUACUAGGUGGCCUGCGUUUAAGGAACCACUGUAUUAUGUACAAUAAGUGUCAGGACUUUUGUAGCAUUGCUGAGGCAACUUUGUAACUUUCACUUUAAGAAUGUCUCAAUAGGUCUUUUACUCUUUCUUGACAAGACCUCAGCCAUUUAAGACAUGUCUUUUCACUGUUUUUACACUGGCUUUCUGAAAAUGCACUGGCUUUUUACAGCAGUUGACUUUGGUAGCAUUUUGGUUCGAUUGUGAUUCAUACAAAAAAACAACACUUUAAAGGGAUGAUAUGCGACUCAGACCAACACAAAGCUUUUUUUUGGCCAUCACACGAUUGUCCCUCAGUACACCCCUUCCAUUCCUUUGUCAGUAGUCCAACUGGGUCCAGUUUGUAGGACUGGUGUUCAUUCAGAUAUGCAGCCCUCAAGUAUAUUCAGUUCCCCUGACCUUGUACAGUGUACAGUGCCUAUAAAAAGUUUUCACUCCCAUGGAUAUUUGCCCUUUUAUUGAUUUAAUGUCAAAGUCAAAACAAAGAGAAAGAGAAAGCCACUGUUGAAGAAAACCCAGGUUACAUCUAGACAAGAGUUCACCAAAAGACACAUGGGAGACUCCGUGGCUAAGUGGAAGAAAGUUCUUUGGCCAGAUGAGACCAAAAUGAUGCUUUUUGGCCAUCUGACUAUGAUGGCUAUGGAAAACACCAAACACUGCACAUCACCACAGACACAUCAUUCCAACUGUGAAGAUCAGCAAUGGCAGCAUCAUGCUGUGGGGAUGCUUCUUAGCAGCAAGUCCUGGAAGCCAUGAGAGGGUAAAAUGAAUAUAGGAAAAUCCUGGAAGAUAAUCUUAUUUGGUCUAGUCAGUCAGGUAAGAGAACCACAGCUUGGGAGAAGAUUUAUUUUUCAGCAAGGCAGUGACCCAAAGCUACACAGAAAGGGUUUAAAGACACCAAAAUGAAUGUUCUGGAGUGGCUGGGUCAAAACCCAGACCUCAAUCCAAUCAAUAAUUUGGCUGGAGCAAUCCACCUGACAUUAUUUUACAUUGCAAUUGACAUUUCCUUGUAGGAAUAUGUUUUAUUUUGGCAUUAAAGAGGGUUUUUUUGUCUGUUUUCAGUCAGUAAAUCCAAACAAUAUUGACCCAAAGGGUGUUUUACCCUUCUAUGAAUACUUUUUGAAGGCACUGUAGAAAACACGUUGAGCCUCAGAAUGAAAAAAAGCAGCGUUAUCGUAUAGGUGUGAACACAGAGCUGAGAACAACAAACCCAGAAAGAGUCUGACAUCUCUUUUUUUAAGGAACUAAUUACUUAACAUUUUUCUCAGUCUGGAUGUAUUUCACAUCUACUAUUAAUGUUAAAAAUGUUGCAUAUUAUGCCUUUUCCUUUUCGUAUACAUGCAUUUACUGCUGCUGCUGCAUAGGGCCAUUACCAGCGUUGAUGGGACCCCUUUUUAUACAACCUAUUGUCUCUCUAUACUCUCCACUCUUUUGUUUCAUUGCAUAUGAAGCGAAUUCACUUGCCUCGUUGAAGGUGGCAUUUUUUUAUAGCAAGGGAAAAUCUGAUAUUUUUCACGGUUUGUUAACUAAGUGACUUUUUAAAGGGGUUUUACACUGAAUGUCAAUGUACUGUAAAUCUGUUACUGCAAUUCUUAUUUAUGUUUGUGUCACUGAGGUCAGACGAGACACUACUUGAUUGUCUGCAUUUUAUGCCAGAUGGACACAAAAAUUGAGAUCCCAUGUGACAUUU